CUAACUACAUAAUGGCCUGGUUACUAGUCUAGGUAUAAAAUCUUCUGUUCUGCAAUUCUUUUUACUGCCCCUUAAACCCUUUCUCCUUUUCUCUCCAUAAAAUUCAUCAGAAAAAGAUUAAAAAAAGUUGAUUUCUAAUUGGAGAUAUGCAAGGAGAAGGGAUCGUUCAAUCAUUGUCAAGCUUGUCUUGUGUUCGAUGUAGCAAACCUGCAAGUCUCCAAUGUCCAAAAUGUAUGGACUUGAGACUUCCUCGUGAGGGUGCUUCAUUCUGCACCCAGGAUUGUUUCAAGGCAUCAUGGAGCUCUCAUAAGGCAGUUCACUUGAAGGCAAAGUUGUCCACGAUGACAGAUCAGAAAAAUUUAGACACGGAUACUGAUGGUUGGCUAUAUUGCACAAGGAAAGGCCAGGGGCGAUCGGGCUUUGCUCCUAAUUUUGAUUGGACUGGGCCGCUAAGACCAUACCCUAUCUCAAGUAUGCGUACUGUGCCAGCACAUAUUGACAAGCCAGACUGGGCAGAGGAUGGAACCCCAAAAAUAGAGCCAUAUAGUGAUCUGCAAAAUACUGUGGAGAUCAAAACUCCUGAACAGAUCAAGAGGAUGAGAGAAACUUGUCGACUUGGUAGGGAGAUCUUGGAUGCAGCUGCUCGUGUAAUUCGACCAGGCAUUACUACUGAUGAAAUUGAUAGAGUGGUCCAUGAGGCAACAAUUGCUGGAGGAGGAUAUCCAUCUCCCUUAAAUUAUCAUUUCUUCCCGAAGUCUUGCUGCACGUCAGUAAAUGAAGUCAUCUGCCAUGGAAUUCCAGAUGCCAGGAAAUUAGAAGAUGGCGACAUUGUGAACGUUGAUGUAUCUGUUUAUUACAAAGGUUGCCAUGGUGAUCUUAAUGAAACAUUUUUUGUGGGAAACGUUGAUGAAGCAUCUCAACAGCUGGUUCGUCGUACUUACGAGUGCUUAGAGAAAGCUAUAGCGAUAGUUAAACCUGGAGUUCGAUUUCGUGAAGUUGGAGAGGUCAUUAAUCGACAUGCUACAAUGUCAGGACUCUCUGUGGUGAAAUCAUACUGCGGACACGGUAUUGGAGAUCUAUUCCAUUGUGCUCCUAACAUUCCUCACUAUGCAAGAAAUAAAGCUGUUGGAGUGAUGAAAGCAGGGCAAACUUUUACAAUUGAACCUAUGAUCAACGCAGGAGUGUGGCGUGAUCGAUUAUGGCCUGAUGGAUGGACAGAUGUUACUGCAGAUGGCAAACGUAGUGCUCAGUUUGAACACACACUUCUGGUUACGGAAUCUGGAGUCGAAGUUCUUACUGGAAGGUUGGCUUCCUCACCAAAAGUGUUUCCGUGGUUGGAUGCAUAAGUGCUGUCAGUGUAUGUUCGCAGAGAUAGCUGGUAAUUACUUACACAGGUUGUUGACAUAAAUAACAAGUAAUUACAUCGAUGUAAAACAUCAGAUUUUGUGUGAUGUCCUAUUUUAUCUGUUCUGUAUUGUUGGUUUGAUGCAUCAAGAGCAUCCUAACCAACUGUGUUCCAGAUUCAUGAGUUGAGUGAGUUCUAAUUAUAUUUUUGUCCCGUUUGUCAUAGCUUCAAAAUUUUCAAAAUGGUGAUAUCGUUCCGUUUAAUUCAUGAUGGUUGAUGACCCAACUAAAGGUGUUUUCAUUUUGUA